AUGGCAAAAACAGCCGCAAAGAAAGCCCCCACAAAGUCGCAAAUUUUGACGCACAUUGCCGAGACAACCGAUUUAUCCAAGAAGGACGUCGCCGCCGUGUUCGACGCGUUGGCCGACCUGAUUUCGAAGAACGUCGGAAGUCGUGGACCGGGUGCCUUCACGAUUCCAGGCUUGGUGAAGAUCACCAAGAAGAAGGUUCCUGCCCGUCCCGCGCAAAAGAACGUGCCCAACCCCUUUAAGCCGGGCGAGUUCAUGGAUCGCGCUGCACGACCGGCCUACAACAAAGUCACCGUGCGAGCGUUGAAAAACCUCAAAGACAUGGUGUAA